GCCACCGCCUCCCGGCCCGGCCCGCCCCGCUCCCGGCACCCACCGUCCCGGCGGGCCAGCGGAGCGGAGGGCGCGGCGCCGGCGGCGCAGGAAAUACACGGCUUCUGAUACGAGGAGCGCGAUGCGAUGAAAUUCGGAUGCCUUUCCUUCCGACAGCCCUACGCAGGGUUGCUUCUAAACCAAGUCAAAACAGUAGAGACUCGCUGGCGUCCUUUGCUAGCAGUCUACAAGAACCGCACCAUUGCUAUUCAUAUAGCUGUUAAGGACUGGGAAGAUGAUACAUGGAGAGAAAUUCUUCUGAAUAGGUUGGGCAUGACACCGAAACAACUCCAAGCUUUGUUGGAUGAAGGGGAAAAAUUUGGCAGAGGAGUUAUUGCAGGAUUAAUUGACGUUGGAGAGACAUCACUAUAUCCAGAAAACCUGCCUCCUGAAGAGAUUCUGGAGCUGGAAAACAAAGCUGUCCUCAGUAAUCUAGAACAGAAAUACUUGACUGUUGUUUCAAAUCCCAGAUGGCUCCUGGAACCAAUUCCUGCCAGAGGGAGAAAAGGGGUGUGGCAGGUGGACAUCCCUGAAGAACUGAUCCCUUCAGAAUUGUAGGUGUUGCCCCUUACUAUUAUUUUUCCUGCCUAAAUUGUAUUCAAGAUGCUGACUUGUGAAUUACAUCAGCACCUUGUUUAGGAUUCCCUUCCAAAACUGUUUGAAAUGACAAAUACUGUUGAAGAACUGCUUUUUUGAGGCAAAACAAACGAGAUGUGUUUUUUAUGACUAUUACAGGAAAUUAUUAAUGUUUUUCUAGAUUUUUCCUGUAUGAACAACUAAGUAAAUGCCAUUUUUGUAAAUGCAUGGUUAUGGAUUGUGUGCCAAUUUAAAUGUAAAUUAAACUGAUUUUUUGAUA